UGGUCGGAAUUCUAUGUGGACUCUCGACUCUUCGACAACCGUCAACGUCACUGAUGGAGCUAUGGGGGAGCCAACCUCGUAGAUAGAGGUCGUAGAGGGAAAUGGGAGAGAUCAAUCAACUGAUGUCUGAGUGUGCGACGGCAGCGACACGGCAUGGCGAUGCUCAGCUGUACGGGGCCCGAAUUUUUCCUCCGUUCGAAAAAGUUGACGGGAAAGUUUUUUUUGCGCCCGCGCCCCGGAAUUUUUUUACAGGAUAACUCCGUUGGUAGCAUGGUAUCUGGGUAUCGUGACAAGGCGCCAAGCACGCGGGAGUAUCCUUCUGCUGGCGCUAUGGCUGGAACAGCAGUAGUCGUCGAAAAAGAGAGGCGUAUCCGGCUGGAGGCCAGCAAUAGAAGAAGGGCCCACAUCCUACGCGCUAAACUGAACGAGGAAGCAGAGGAGGAGAAGUACCGUCUUGCCCUAUCGAAGCGGCAGCACGAGCAACAGGAGUACGCCCGCUCUGUUCGGAAAAACAUCCGUAGCUGGCGCAAACAAGGGAGCCCCGCCCCUGUAGGAGACAGCACCGUCCAAAAACCGGCGCAACCGUGGGAGCAGAAAAACCGUGGCGGCACCCCGGUCAUAUCCGGAACUGGACAAUCGGCAACGAGACCUGCCAAGCUCACCAGCACGAGGAAGGGGAACGCCAACGUUAACUGGAGCCCUAGCAACUCUGUCGGCGGCGUCUGUGCACUGGAGGAAUGGGAAGAUGUCGCAGAGAUGACGGGCAUCAGCGCAUGGACGCGGCAUGAGGCAGCUGGUCGAGGGGAGACGAUAUCGCCGAAGUUGACGGCGGUGAUCGAUCGAAGUUAUCUUGUCAGCAGCGAUGUUGGCGUUGAGGGGGGUGACGUUGCCGGUUGGGACUCGAGGGAGCAGUCACGAGGUGGAAGGUGGGCCAACUUGCCGCCAGAGCUGAGGGCCAUCAAGGAUAGGUGGCUGGGCUCAUCAAGCGAGGAAAUCACGCCCCAGGCGGCAACGAGUGAUAUCACAGUCUCCGCCGGUGCCACCAUCACGGCACCUGCCCACGGGGGCUGGCAAGACCAGCAUUCAUACUUUCAGGAAUAUCGGUCAAGAGUAGUUCCGCGGGACAAGGAUUUUCGUUAUGCCCACCCGAACAUCUUAGUCGAAGGGUCGGCACCUCACGACAACCACGGGCGGCUGGAAGGAGCGGAGACGAAAACGACCAGCGAAAUGGUCGACGAAAUGGAGAAGCAGGGGCACGGCUGCGGCGAAGACAGCAACAGCACUAUCAGGUUCGUGGAGAUAGGAUGA